ACGUAAACAAAGCAGCAUUGGCGGCAACCGCAUCCAGCUGUUUCCAGGAACUCCUCUCAGAAUCGUAGCCUUCUACUAUCCCCUGCCAAGCUGCAUGUCCCUCAGACAGCUGCUACAGUGGCUACGUGCACUACCGGGGAUGCCUUUCUACGCCGUUGCCAAAGGACGCCAGGUGGGCAUAUUUUCCACAUGGCCCGAAUGCCAGGCACAGGUAAGCGGAUUUACCGGUGCUCGAUUUAAGAAGUUCCCGACCGAAGCAGAAGCAAACGCGUUUAUAGACAACAACCGUGAUGGUGGUGGAGGAAGUGUUCUCACCAGCAAAAAACCAUCGACAGCGCCUAGCUGGAGCGGGAAGCGGAGUGCAUCCACGAGCUCGACUGGCGGAGCACUUCCACCGGCGAACAAGCAGGCGAAGAAAACCAUCCUACUCGACAAAGCUCCUACGGCGGUGAAUAAGAUGGUAAAGUACGGCGAGUACAGCUUCCUGCAGGAUGAGGACGGAUUUGUGCACGUGUACACGGACGGUUCGUGCGAGGGCAAUGGGACGGCCAGGGCCGUUGCCGGGCUGGGAGUGUACUUUGCCGAAGGACAUGCACUAAACACAGCCAAACCGGUCAGUGGCCGGGCGACGAACAACUGCGGCGAAAUACAGGCCGCCUCGCUAGCGAUCCGGCUCGCCCGGCAGCAAGGCAUCCGGCGGUUGGUCGUUAACACGGACUCACAGUUCCUGAUCAACGCCAUCACCAAGUGGCUGCCCGGCUGGAAGCGGCGCAACUGGACGCUGGCCAGUGGUGGGCCAGUUAAAAACCAGACCGAUUUUAUGGAGCUCGAGCGGGAGCUGAGUGCGGGCGAUAUCCAGAUCAAGUGGAACCACGUGGACGCGCACUGUGGCAUUUUGGGCAAUGAGCGGGCGGACCAGCUGGCACGCAAGGGUUCGGAGAUGUAUCGGAUGGCAAAGCGACAGGGAUGACUGAAUUGAAUGAUCGUUAGGGAUCGUUCUU